UUUCCUUUCUUCAUACUCCUCAUCUGUACGUUCAAUAAAGUGAUCAAUUUAUAUUUAUAAACCGUAAUAAAAUUUUCUACACGUUAUUUUAAUAUAUUUAUUUACAUCUGAAAGUGUUGAAUAUAGAUCUGCUUUACCUUGUUCUUAACCAUUCACCAAAUUCAAUAGGAUUUAAAAUUUGAGAAAAUUAUGGAAUCGUCGUCAUCGUCAUUAUCAUCGCCUCCGGAAUUCGAUUAUUUGUUUAAGCUGUUGUGGAUAGGAGAUUCUGGAGUUGGGAAAAGUAGCCUUUUGCUCAGUUUCACUUCUGAUACUUUCGAGGAUCUCUCUCCAACCAUUGGUGUAGAUUUCAAAGUAAAGCAUGUUACUGUUGGAGGGAAAAAAUUGAAACUCGCAAUUUGGGAUACAGCUGGACAGGAAAGAUUCAGGACUUUGACCAGUUCAUAUUACAGAGGAGCUCAAGGAAUCAUUAUGGUUUAUGAUGUGACGAGGCGAGAAACAUUCAUUAAUCUGUCUGAUAUAUGGGCUAAAGAAAUUGACCUCUACUCAACAAAUCAAGAUUGUAUCAAGAUGCUCGUUGGCAACAAAGUUGAUAAGGAUAGUGAACGGACUGUUAGCAAAAAAGAGGGAAUUGACUUUGCAAGGGAGUAUGGGUGCCUCUUCAUUGAAUGCAGUGCCAAAACUCGGGUCAAUGUGGAACAAUGUUUCGAAGAACUCGUUUUGAAGAUGCAAAGACCAAGAGGCCCCGGGCCAGGAUUGCCAACAAUUGGCAGUUCAAGUUCAUCAUUUCCUCAGACUAAUUUAGCACAGACUCAUGACAAGUUAAGAUUUGGUAACGUAGAAUUACUUUGUUUUCCAAACAGUAAUAUUAGCUUUAAGACAUUAUCUCAUAUUUCAGUUACAAAAUCAGAAAAAUGUAUUUUAGAUAAUCUAUGGAUUUCUUAUAAUAAGAAUCCUAAAGACCAAAAAUAUUUUUUAGCAUGUUUAAAUGCUCUUUCAGAACACUUUAGUCAAGAUCAUAAAAAAUUUAAGUGUUAUAUUGUUUUACAAGGAAGACUUCCAGAAAUUUAUCAUACCUGGUUAGAAGUUUCAGAUUGUAUAAAGAAUUUUCCAAAUCUUCUUUAUAAAGGAUUUUAUUCAAUUUCAGAAGCAUUAGAAAAAUGUAGAAAAUUUUUAGGAAUUAAUUAUUUUGUUGCCCCUUUUUUAAAGAAUGUUUCAGAUCAGCCCUUAGAUUAUGUUUCUAAAUUUUGUGAACAUUGUGAAUGUAUGACUAAGAAUUUUAAAUGAAUCCAAUCAGUCUUUACAACAAGAAAAAUUAGUUUUACAAAAGAAAAUUUCUGAAUUAGAACAAGAAAUCAUUAAUUUAAAGAUCUCAAAUCCAAUUGUUCAGACACAAGCAGGUACUAUAGAGCCCAAGAAUUCUAUAGCUAGUCCAGCUCAAACGGAAGCUGGUAAAGACUUAUCAAAUCCGUUUAUGGUUCUGGGCUUACCAAAAGCUCAACGGACUCAGGGGACUGUUGAUUCUCCUACUUUUCAAUUUAAUCAGACUCAACAAGCUGAAAAUCCUGUUACAGAAAAUAAAAAUAUUUCUGAAGACCAGACACAGCAGACUGGAAAUUCUGCUACUAGACUUAUUAGUCCAAUGGAUCUUAAAUAGAAAAGUCCAAUUAAUUUUCCAGAAUCAUUUCAAUCAGCUCAAGAUCCAGAACAGAUUUCUCAAUCAGAUAUUAGAAGAAUCAAAUAAAUGUUUGAGAAAAUUGAAAAAAUACAGCAACAAGUUAAACAAAGUACUACAAAGAAAAAGAAAAUACAGAUUAAAAAGAAAAAUAAAGACAAAAAGAAAAUUGAACAAGAAAAAGAUUUGGAUAAUUUUGAAGACAAUAAUUCAGAAGAAGAUGAUAAUCCAGAAGGAUGUACUGACGGAGGAGACUCUUUAGACAGCAUUGGCAGACACAAUUAUGAAACAAGAUAAGGAUUCAUUCAGACAUUUGACAAAAAGUUAUGGUGAUAAACAAGAGUUUGAAGACUUCUGUCCAAGAUUUCAAGAAAAAAUCAAGAAUUAUUGUACGAAAAGUAGAAUCUUUACUGUUUUCUUUUUGAAAAAUUUGUAAAAAAUCUUACUGUUUGAUAAAGUAAGAUUUGAUAGCAUAGCUUUUUACUGUUUUUUUUUUGACGUUUUGAAAAAAGCAAAGAUUCAUUGCUUUUGAAAAACGCUUCCUCUCUCUUUUCUCCCAUAUAUAAGGCGACCAUUCUUUCAUUUGUAAACACAUAAGAAAAUAUAUACAAUACAAGUUUUGAAUUCUCUCAAAUAUGUUCUAAUCUUCUUUCUCUCCCGAAAGGGAAAUUCUUAAUUGUUCUUAUUCUUAGAUAGAAUAAUAUCCCACAAAAAUAUGUUGUUUUAAAAACUAUCGAUGGAUCAUUCCGGUAGGUAUGCUUUAUAGUUCUAAGAUAUGGUGCUAAUAGUUAAUAUUAGUUCCAGAUCUUGUAAGAACAAUUUCUGUCCAUAAAAUUUUUAAUUUGUAAAAGUUUUAUGAUUUUUGUAAAGAAUUUUAUGCUUCAUGCUGGGUAUAUGAUAAGAGCAUGUCUUAACUCC